AAGAUCACAAGUCGGAUUGAAUAUCCUCACGAACCAUUAGUUACUUUUCCAUAGCAAUGAAGCUCUAUCUUCUGUUGGUCGGUACUUUGUGCCUUGUGCUGGCUGUGUCCGCCCGGCCAGCCGAUCAGGCGGAAGAAGCAGGAAAAGACGGUUCCGAAGGCGGCACUGGGGCCGAAGAAGGGCAAAAUGGUGCUGGUGCUAAAAGAGGAGAUAUGCCUGACAAAGAUGGAGAAGAAAGCGACACAUCCGACAGUCCCCAGGAUGGCGCAUCUGAAAAUAAAGAUGCCAAAGAUGGCGACGCUGGAGAAGAUAAGGGAGAGUCCGACGACGAAGAGAAAGUAGGCGAAGAAGAUGCUGGUAAGGAUAAGGAAAAUGACAAGGAAGAUGGUAAGGAAGAUGGUAAAGAAGAUGAUGAGGAAGGUGGUGAUGAGAGUAGUAAGGAGGGCGAGGAAGGUGGAGACAAGGAUGAUAAGGGUGGUGAAGGUAAGGGAGGUGGUAAGAAGGAAGAUGCACGGCUCACGUACCGGGAGGUACACAAACUGCUCAAGAAGGCUAUGAAGAUCGAAAUGAAAGACAAGUAUCUUAAGUCGUUUGUUAUGGCCCGCCUGCAAGAACGACUCAUGAAUCCUACCAUCGACCUCAUUAGCACUAUUCAAAAGUACUCGAAGAUUAAAGGAUGCUUCAAAUCGGUCGACAAAGACACUAAGGCGUUGGUGAAAGCAUCAGAAAAGGAAUAUAAGGAAUGCAAGAAGGACGCGAGUAACACGGAUUGCGGUUCGCAAGGUACAAGAGAGCUCGACGAAGGACUUAUUGAAAUGCAACAGGAACUUUCGGAUUGCAUUGUUGAAAAACGUGACUCAGACUAGGCGAUGUGACUCAGCAGCGGACAGUUAAACCGCAGAGCCUGAUACAGAAACAGUAUGACGCAUAAAAUAUUCCACCACGUUGCAAUCGUAAA